CAGCGUCGCCGAGAUUCUCAUCGGUCCUCCUCUCCUCUCCUCUUUCGUCCGUAAAAGCUGUUCCUCGAGCCUUUGUCACUUGUCGGAAUCUAUUAAACUAAGAUGGAGUUGGACCCAAAGAAGGUUGUUGAAGUAUACGAGAGAUAUGAAGCUGUUGGCGAUCAGUUUCUCCUAGUUCGAAGUCAGAUGGUGGAGAAUGAUAGGGAGAGGAAUGCGAACCGAGAGGCUCUUACAGCACUAAGGAAGAAAGCUCGGACUACAAAGACUAGCGUCCCUUCUCCUUUUGAUUCUAUGAUGAAAGAUACACAAGGGAGAUCAACCAAACCUUUGGUUCAAGAAGUUUGCUCGACUUGUGGUUCUCAUGACUCUAGUGAACCCACCUGGAUGAUGCUCCCUGGAACUGACCUUUUCGCUGCUGUCCCUUUUCAUGCUGUGCAUACAAUGCUAGAGAAAGAUGAAAAGAGAAUGGAGUUUGAAUCAAAGAAACUGCAGAGCUUACUAAAGGAGAAGACUCUUUUAAUAUCCGAACUUGGAGCUCUUGCUGAUAGUGUUCCUCCAAGUGUUAUCAGAUCGUUGAUUACGUUAAAGGACAAACCUUAAGUUCAGUAGUGUACUGUUUUCUUAUCUAUUUUGUGACGUUGAAGGAUUAGUGUUCUUAUCUUAUGGAACAAAAAAAAUAUCAUUAUUUCUUGAAUGUUGAAAAUGUCAUGGUC